UAACUCUUUCAUAACUAUCACUUACCUAAAAUCUUCAGCCCCACCCUGCAUUUUAGCAGAAUCAUUUUGUUCCCUACAAUGCCAUUCCCAAUGCUUCCUCUUCUCUCCCUUCUUGUACUCUCAUCUAUGAUUUAUUCUGGUUCUGCUCAGGGACCACCUUCACCUGGCUACUACCCCAGUUCCAAAAUUACUCCUAUUAGCUUCAAUCAAGGCUUUAAAAACCUUUGGGGACCUCAGCAUCAGAGAAUAGACCAAGGCUCUCUGACAAUAUGGCUAGACACUAGCUCAGGGAGUGGAUUCAAGUCACUUCACUCUUACAACUCUGGUUACUUUGGUGCUGCAAUUAAGCUUCAUCCUGGUUACACUGCAGGAGUCAUUACAUCUCUCUACCUUUCAAACAACCAAGACCACCCCGGAAACCACGAUGAAAUUGACAUAGAGUUCCUCGGUACCACGCCAGACAAACCAUAUGUCUUGCAGACAAAUGUAUACAUCAGGGGAAGUGGAGAUGGGAACAUCAUAGGAAGAGAGAUGAGGUUUCAUCUCUGGUUUGACCCAACACAGGAUUUUCACAACUACGCAGUUCUAUGGAAACCCUCUGAGUUAAUAUUUUUUGUGGAUGAUGUCCCAAUAAGAAGGUAUCCAAGGAAAAGUGAGGCCACAUACCCUACAAGGCCAAUGUAUGUGUAUGGGUCAAUCUGGGAUGCAUCUUCUUGGGCAACAGAGGGUGGAAAAUACAAAGCUGAUUACAGAUACCAACCCUUCAUUGGUAGGUACAAAAACUUCAAACUCCAAGGUUGCACUAGUGAAAGCUCUCCCUCAUGCCACCCACCUUCUGCAUCUCCUUCUGGUUUUGGAAGUCUGAGUCCUCAGCAGUUCAGGGCCAUGCAAUGGGUCCAAAACAACUACAUGGUGUACAACUACUGCCAUGAUCCUAGGAGAGACCACAAUCUGAUCCCAGAAUGCUAAGCCCAAGUUGUUUGUUCAUGUUGGUGUGUCUCAAUUCUAAGUUACCCUUUAUAUACACAUACUUAAAAAUUGAAACUUUGAAACGGUGUUGUGUUGGGAGUGGUUUUUGUGAUGGUCCCAUUGCUAAGUGUAAUUGCAAGAGUAGUUGAACGUCCAAGCCACUCUAAUGAUUGGAAUGUUUUGUUGUGUUGUGUCAUUGUGGUGUUGUAGUAAUGUUUUGGGUCCUAUAAUAUUGGUGUUGAAAUAAAUAUAAAUUGAUAAGAAUGCUUUUCUGAUA